AUGAAGGUCUCGCAGGUGUACCUAUCGUUGCUGGGCCUGCUGCCAAUGGCGGCAGGUCUCGGUCAACAGUCCAUUGUCGCCUUCAACAAGUCAGAUGACGCUUUUCAACUCGUUGGUGGAGAUGCCGGUUCUGGUCAGAUUCGUGUUUCCAAGGAUGAGUACUGGGGCGUGAUCCGCGCUGCUGGUGAUCUCGCCAUUGACUUUGGCCGUGUUACUGGCACAAACUUCACUCUGAGCAACGGCAAGAGGAAUUCAUCCCCGGCCAAGUAUAAAUUUAAGCCCGUGGAUGUCAAGAACAACACAUAUCACUUCUCUGGCCCGAACUACUCAGACCCUAAUGCCGGCAACACCAAGAUCAUCGUUGGUACAAUUGGCCACUCUGAGCUCAUUGACAAGCUCAUCAAAGAUGGCUCACUUGAUAUUAGCAAGAUUAAAGGCAAAUGGGAGUCUUUCGUCAGCCAGCUUGUCAAAGAUCCCAUUAAGGGCACUGCCCAAGCCCUAGUCAUCGCUGGAAGUGACCCCAGAGGUACAAUCUACGGUAUUUACGAUAUCAGCGAGCAGAUCGGCGUGAGUCCUUGGUACUGGUGGGCAGAUGUGCCGAUCCGCAAACGAGAUGAGAUCUUUGUGCUCUCCGAGCCCAAGGUUCAAAAGUCUCCUUCAGUCAAGUACCGCGGUAUCUUCCUCAACGAUGAGCAGCCUGGACUUUCCAGCUGGGUUGGUUCACGCUGGGACGCAACUUGGAACAACAAGGCUCCUUACAACCAUGAGUUUUACGCCCUCGUCUCGGAACUGCUGCUCCGCCUUCGAGCCAACUACCUCUGGCCCACUGUCUGGGGUAGCAUGGUCUACAUUGAUGACCCUCUCAACCAGCCGCUCCUCGAUGCUUACGAGAUUGUUCUCGGUGGAUCUCACACUGAGCCCAUGAUGCGAGCACAGAACGAGUUCCGAACUUUCUACGAGGGUGAGUGGCAGUACAAGACCAACAACGAGACUAUCGACGAGUACUUCCGCUAUGGUGUUUCCAGGGCCAAGCCAUAUGCCCGAAACAGUCUUUGGACUAUGGCCAUGAGAGGAACAGGUGAUACAGCUAUCGAAGGUGAUCUUGGCAUUGACGGUAUUGUUGAAAUGCUCGAGACUCUUGUCGACAACCAGCGGGAAAUCCUCAAGGAAGGUCUCAAGGUCAAGAACUUGACUGAAGUCCCAUCUCUGUGGUGUCUCUACAAGGAGGUUCAGUCUUACCAAGAGCGCGGCCUGGUCGUUCCCGAGGACAUUACUCUCCUCUGGGCUGACGACAACUGGGGCAACAUCCGCCGUCUCCCUCUCGCCAACGAGACGGACCGCUCUGGUGGUGCUGGUGUUUACUACCACUUCGACUACGUCGGUGACCCCAGAAACUACAAGUGGAUCAACACCAUCCAACUCGAAAAGACAACCGAGCAGAUGACUCUAGCCUACCACCGAAAUGCCCGUCGCAUUUGGAUCGUCAACGUAGGUGAUCUCAAGCCAAAGGAGAUCCCCAUCAGCCAUUUCAUGGACCUUGCCUACGAUACUGAGAAGUGGGAGAAGGAGGGUACAACCAAGUGGGUUGAAGCUUGGGUUGAGCGCGAAUUCGGCAGUGAACACGUCGAGGCCAUCACAGACAUUAUGACACGGUAUGGCAUGUACGCUGCCCGCCGGAAGUUCGAGUUACUCGAGCCCCAGGUCUAUUCCGUCAUCAACUACCACGAAGCCGAAGCCAUUCUUGAGCAGUGGGCCACUUUGAAGGAAGAUACCCAGGCUGUCUAUGACAAGCUUGACUCAGAGUAUCAGCCCGCUUUCUUCGAGAUGCUGCUUCACCCUGUUCUUGGCGGUGAGAUUGUGAACAAGAUCCAGAUCUACGGCGCGAGGAACCAAUUGUACGCUGGACAGAAGCGAAACUCCGCUAAUGAUGUUAUCUGGAAGUCGGUGGAUUUGAUGUACAAGGAUUCGAACUUGACGCAGCGAUGGAACGAGUUGCUUGAUGGCAAGUGGGCACAUAUGCUUGAUCAAACUCACUUGGGCUAUGAUGGAUACUGGCAACAACCUAUGAGAAACACCCUCCCCGAUCUCCGAUUCGUCCAGGACGUCUGGCCAUCACUGGGCGGCCAAUAUGGAGUUGGUGUUGAGGGUUCAAACGCCACUAUCCAGGGCGACAGCCGAUGGCACUCCCUAUCUUCCAACAGCCUCGAACUCCCUCCUCUGGAGCCCCACGGAGCCCAGUCCCGAUAUUUCGAUGUCUUCCACCGUGGAAACAAGGGCUGCAACUGGCGCGCAGCACCAUGGGAGGACUUUAUCCAGCUCUCUCAGUACAACGGUACAGUUGGUGGUAACAACGGUACCGAUAGCCGUGUUUACAUCACAGUUGACUGGGAAAAUGCUCCCCAGGCACCUAACACGACAGAAGUCAUGAUCAACAUCACGAGCGAUUGCCGCGGGUUUGAGAAGUAUGCGGGUGACGAGCCAAAGCUGGUCGUGACGGUUAUCAACCGAGAGGUUCCUGAUAGCUUUGAGGAGGGAUUCGUUGAGUCUGAUGGACAUGUUUCUAUCGAAGCAUCGCACUAUCAGAAGAUCCACGAAGGAGACUCUGACAACUCUUCUCUUGAGUAUCAUACCAUCAAGAACUACGGCCGUACUCUUGCCGGUAUGGGCCUGUACCCUCUCAACACGGAGAAGCUCGAGGUUGGCGAGGGUCCUGCUCUGGAGUACGACAUGUACCUCUUCAGCAACAACUCAGCCGUCAACGUGACAGUCUUCAUGUCCCCAGGUGCCAACUACCUCGGCGACCGAAACCCUCUCCAGUACGGCAUCACUCUCUUCCCAGCCGAUAAGAAACAGCCAAAACCAACUAUCGUCACACCCAUUGGUCCUAACAAGGGCACCAAUAUGCCUGAUGGAUGGGGUUACGCCGUUGGAAACGCCGUCUGGGGCUUGUACGGAAACUACACCACUUCGUCCUUCGACGUUCCCAAGGAGGGAGCUUACAAGCUGAGGAUCUGGGCUCUACUGCCGAAUAUCUUGAUUCAGAAGAUUGUGGUUGAUCUUGGUGGUGUUAGACAGUCUUAUCUUGGACCGCCUGAGAGCUUCUUGCUUGGACGGGAUGAGAUAGGCAAGUAUAACGGUACCUCAUUUGUGAGCACGCCAGGAAUCGUUGGAGGAACUUUCGAUAAAGAGUAA